AUGUCGGGCCACGACCCUGACCAGGGCCCCAGCCACGGUCCAUACCACGGCCAAGACCAUGGUCAAGCUCAUGCUCAUGCUCAUGCGGCUGCUCCCGCUCAGACACACGUACAACAGUCGACACCCGCGCCUCCACAACCACAACCACAACCACAACCACCGCCACCUGCUGUCACCACUGCCGCCGUGCCUGGGGUCCACCACCAAAUACCGGGCACCAUCCCCGUACCCAUCGGAUUCCCCCCCGAGUUUGAUCCCAACGCCAUGAAACUGACUCGUGGCACCUCCUGUGUCCUGUGUCAGCAGAGGAAAGUUCGCUGCGACAAGAGAAAACCAUGCGCCAACUGUGUCAAGGCCCGCGUCGAGUGCCGCGUCGUGCCGCCGAUCCCCGCUCGCCGGCGCAAGAAGCGACUCCAGGAGAAGGACCUCAUUGACCGUCUCAAGAAGUACGAGACGCUGCUCGCCGAGAACGGUGUCAGCGUUGACCCCAUCGCCGUGACCUUAGAGUCUCCAUUCAUGGCGGCGUCGUCGAGGUGGCCGAUCUCGAGAACGAGCUCGAGGGGCUGCACACCUCGCCCGAUGGCAGUCAAGCCUCCUCCUCCAAGACAGGUGUUCGGUGCCGGCACGCACCGACCCGACAAGGUGCCCUACAAAUGGUUCUUAUUCCACCGAGAAUUCCGAGCGAGCGAGGAUCUCAUGAGAGACUCGUCUGACGAAGAAGAGCUCGAUGGCUCGGCUGUUCAUCGCGCUUUUGAUACGAUGUAUGAGCAUCAGGACGGCUUCCCCUUCAUCGUCGGCGCCAACCGCGAGACCUCCGUCUACCACUAUCAUCCUACGCCCGUACAAAUCUUCGAGCUGUGGCAGAUUUACAUCAACAACGUCAACCCGCUGCUCAAGAUCACGCACAUUCCUACCGUGCAGGGGCUCGUCCUCGAGGCCACCAAAAAUCUCGAUGAUGUCCCCAAGAACGUCGAGGCCCUGCUCUUCAGCAUCUACAUCAUGGCUGUCCUGACAAUCGAUGACGGCCAGAGCAGGAAGCUCUUCGGCGAGCCAAAGAUUGAGCUCCUUUCCAGGUACCACAAGGCAGGCCAGCAGGCGCUGGUCAACGCUGGGUUCAUGCGCACCACCGACAUGAUGGUACUGCAGGCCUAUAUCCUCUUCCUCAUAGCCAUUCGCAUGUUCAUCGAUCCACGGCAGAUUUUCUGCUACGUCGGCAUCGCUGUUCGAAUAGGCCAGCGCAUGGGUCUCCAUCGAGAUGCUCAAGUCUAUGGCCUGUCCCCCUUCGAGGUCGAACAGCGCAGGCGGCUCUGGUGGACAAUAGUCGGGUACGACCGCCGCAUAGGCGAGAUGACGGGCUCGACGGUCACGGCCCUCUCGACCAUUGGCGACUGCAAACUCCCUCUCAAUAUCAAUGAUACAGACCUCCACGCUGAUGGCAAGGACGCGCCGACCGAGCAUGCCGGCCCGACAGAGAUGCUCUUCAGCCUCAUCCGCGCUGAGCUUGCCAUGGCCAUCAGCACCGACGCAUCCAAGGAUCCUCGCGUCCCUAUAGACAAAGACAACCCCAUCGCCUCACGGCCUCUUUCCAUGGUCCGCAUGGCCGGCCCCGGCGGACAAUGGUACACGCUCGACGGCUUCUUCGCUCACAUUGAGGGCACGUACCUUCGUUACUGCGACCAAAAGAUACCUCUCCACUUCUUCACCCUGACCAUGACGCGACAGGCCCUCUGCAAGAUGCGCGUCGUCUCAUUCCUCGUCCGCCUCGCCAACAAUGACCCAGCCGCGGCUCUGAACGAGCACGAGCGUGACACGCUGUUCCUCGAAGCUACCCAGAUGAUCGAGUACGACAAUAUCGUCCAGUCGGCCGAGAGCCUCCGCGGCUAUAAGUGGUACACAUUCCUGCACUUUCCUUUCCCGGCCUACAUGUUCCUCGUCACCGAGAUGCGGCAGCGGACAACAGGCCCGCUCGUCGACCGCGCCUGGGACGCCAUUACCAAGAACCACGAGCUCCGCGGCCUCAUGAAUACUCUCCACAACCCGAUGCACCUUGCCUUUGGCAACCUCUUCGUCAAGGCCUGGGACGCGCGCGCGGCCUCACAGCGCCAGCAGGGCAUCGUCCAGCCGGUUCCCUCGUGGAUCGAUCGCCUGCGCGAGCGCGCCGAUAAGGCCGGCCGGCCCCAUGGGCCCCACGCCGAGGCAGUCGGUUGA